UGACGACCAGGCUUCGCCUCGAGCGACCAAGGCUAGCGCUAUAUAUUCUCCAUCCUUACUCUAAUCCCCUCCAAAGCAGCUUGCCCAUCCCUAAUAGAACAGUGCGUAGACCCUAAGAGCAGCCAGCAGAUCACUUCGAUCUCAUUUGCCUUCCAUGGAUUUCCGUACACUCAACAGGAGACAGCUACAAGCUCUCUGCAAGAAGAACAAGAUUCCGGCUAACCUCUCCAAUGUUGCUAUGGCGGACGCUCUCAUAGCUCUUGAGUUUGUCGAAGGUAUUGAAGAGGUCAUGAAGCCAAUGGAAUCAGAGACAGCAAGUUCGGCAGUUGAAUUGCCUGAGGAGCCAGAUGUAAUGUCAAGUGCCCCUCGCACUGGUAGGAGAACUGCUAUUAGGAAUACUGCUAAGAAAGAAUCUGAAGUCUCCCAGACCAUGACUAGGACCAGCCGAUCAACAAGAAGAAUGCCGCCUGAUUGUUCAGAUGAAGCAAAGAAUGAGAUGUGUCAGACUCCAUCAGCACCAGCUAGCAGAAGAAUGGCAGCGACAACUUCAGUUCGUCCAAAGAUGGAAAACUUGAUGAAGGAAUGUCUAGACAGUGUGGAAGAUGGAGGGAAGACUUUGAAUGAGAAGAAUGAUCUUCCAAAGACACCAGGUACUUUUCUGACAAGCCGAAGGAGAGAGGUAGUGAAGGAGAAGAGCUCAAUCCGCCUCCCAGCAUACAGCACUCGCAGGUCAGCGAGGUUAGCUGCUAAACAAGAUGGUUCGAGCACACAGGAAGCAUCAGAGAAUGUUUCAUACUGUGGUUCCUUUACAGUUGAAAAAGAUGAGGUUAUAGAUAUCAACUCCAAACUCCGCGCCCUUCAAUUGGAUGAAGAGCUACAGCAAGCUGAUUCAACAACUGCCUCCUCGAGUGGAAUUGAGAGCCAGUGUUUGGCUAACAAGGAAUUGAAUAUUGUUGACAUGCACCAAAGCUCAGAAGAGUUUGCCACCGAGAAGACUGCUAAUGUGCUGGGCGAAUAUAUUAAUGCAACUGAAGAUUUAUCUUCUGACAUCAAGGAAUCAAAUGAUGUUAGAAUGGACUUGCAAGAAGGUGGUGAUGCUGAUCUUCAGCUUAGAUGCCAUGAGGUCGUUGGUGAUGGUACCAAGGCUGUACCUGAAAAGUUGGACGAUGACAAAUCUGAAGUGCCAAAUACUGAAGAAGUAUCUGAAUAUGUGGCAGAAAAUGCUGAUGCUCUAUAUGACUCAUCAAGUGCCUUGACUGAAAAUGAGAAUCAAGGAUUGGUCAUCAAGGAACUGAGUGCUGAUAUGCACCAGACUUCUGAAGAAUUUGCUAACAAGAUUAUUACUAAUGUGCUAGGUAUAAGCGAAACAAUUGAUUUUUCUGAUGAAAAGGAAUCAAACGAGGCUGAAAUGGAAGGUGGUGGUUUUCAGGAGGUUGUUGGUGAUUAUUUGACUACAUCCAAAAAGUUGGACGAUGAAGUACCAAAUACUGUUGAAAUGCCUGAAUGGGUUGUAAAAACUGCUGAUGCACUCCGCAGUUCGGAGGUUCAUGGUGAUGAAGAUUUAACAAAUUCUGCCUCCUUGAGUGGAAAUGAGGAUCAAAGUUUGGUCGGCAAGGAAGUGAAUGUUGUUGAUACGCACCAAGGCUCGCAAGUCUCUGAAGAAUUAGGUAUCACCAAUGGGCUUAGUGAAAAUGAAUAUGACGAAUCUGCUACUGGCAAGGAAUCAUCAAAACACAUUGAUGAAAUGGAAUUGCAAGAAAGUGCUGAUGAUGAGCAGCAGCCUAACAAUAAUGAAAUCUACUGUGACUAUAACAAAAGAGAAGGAGAAGAGGGGGAGGAUGGCUGUGGUGAUGAAAUGGUGGAGCAAUUUGAUGGUGGUAAGAAUGAGACUGUGGAGGAUAAUACCAGCAGCAAUGAUGAAACCUCAGGUGAAGAUUCCAACAAGCAGCAGUUGGCAACAAGUGAAAUGUGGUGGUAUUCGACAACCGGUGGCCUUCAUCAGGAGGAGGGAAAGGGGGAGAGCAUAGAUGGUGGGGUGAAGUUUGAGAAUGCUGAAAUCAUUCUGCCUCAAGUCUCGGACGAUAAAGAGAACAAGAUUGAUACAACUAGUGGGGAGGAUAUGAAGAUAUUUGCUGAUCCUACUGGAGAGAAGGAGAAGCCCAUGAAGAAUGAGCAACCCAUUGAAGAUUUAAGCAUGAGAAAGCUGCGUAAGAUGCUGAAACAGUUUCAUCCUUUUCAGGAUAACGCCGAGGCAGCGGAAGUGAAAGAUGAAGAAGCUGCCAUUGCCGCCUCCCAUGCCAGAAACGGUAAACAUAAGAAAUGGCGGAAAGGCAGGAAAAACCCUUUCGUGGUCAGACCCGCCCUACAGCAGGUCUCUGAGAACAGUUUGGUUGUUGGCAAUAGUUUCAAAACCACAUCUCAAGGUUAAAGAAGAUGAAGCAGAAGAUGUGAAACAAACAACACUCUCGUUAUCAUACAACUCUAAAUAAUUGCAACGUUUUUUUCAAUAUUCUCUACCGGGAGGCAUUUCAAAAUAUUUUGAAGUGUGGUAAUCCCUAGUUUUUGCUAUUCGUAGGCCUGCUCGCCUAUCAAAGAAGAAUUGAAGAGUUUUGCAAUAUGAAAUGCCUGUUUCUUACACAAUUUCUUGUAGUGCUCUACA